AUGAGCCUUCGGUCAAGAAUCGCACAGCGGCCAGCGGCCAACGCCCUUGUUCAGACUCCUGCUCAGCCAGCGGUUGAUAACGGCCUUCGCAUUUUCUCUAAGCUGCGGAGAAAGAGGUCGCUCUGGUGGGACGACUACGUCCUCACUGCAAGUUGGGGAGCUCUCGCGGUGUCAUGUUCGCUGCUCUCUGCGUGCGUCAGCCUUGGGUAUGGAAGGCGUAACUCAGAUAUCCUACCAGAGAACUUUGAUAACGUCCUGCUCCUCUCCUACGCCGCUGGGUUCGCUUCAAUUGUUGCCGCCCUAUGGAGUAAGAUAUCGUUUGCCCUUACGCUAUUGCGCAUCUCAACAGGCAGGAUGAAGGGGUUCCUCUGGUUCAUCGUCAUCACGGUCAACCUUGUCUUGGGUGCCAACGCUACGAUUCACUGGGUUCAGUGUUGGCCGCUGGACAGGCUAUGGCAUCCCCAAUCGCACGGAAAAUGUUGGCCGCGGAGAACCGUUAUCUAUUAUAAUAUUUUUGCAGCCGCGUACUCUGGUGCGGUCGACAUCGUGCUAGCGCUGCUUCCCUAUGAGUAUGAGUAUUUUCGCCGGGAUUACGUCUUUCCUGAAGAUAACCACGGUUAA